GAAACUCGGGUUCCGGUCAUGACGCGGCGAUGCUCUCACUGCAAUCACAAUGGUCACAACUCUAGGACAUGUCCCAGUCGUGGGGUGAUGCUUUUUGGUGUAAGGCUCACCGGAGGUUCGAUCAGGAAAAGUGCUAGUAUGGGUAAUCUUCUUAGCCAUGGGCAUGGGUCGGGUUCUCCGGGUGCUGUCCCUGACCAUGUCGCUGGUGAUGGUUACACUUCUGAGGGUUUCGUUGCUGGCUCUUCCUCUAGCCGCGAGAGAAAGAAAGGAGCUAUAUGGACAGAGGAAGAACAUAGGAUGUACUUGUUAGGUUUAGAGAAGCUAGGCAAAGGUGAUUGGAGAGGCAUUUCAAGAAAAUAUGUGAGGACAAGGACACCAACACAGGUUGCUAGCCAUGCUCAGAAGCAUUUCAUGAGACUAUCUGAUGUGUCUCGUCGCAAAAGACGUUCUAGUCUCUUUGAUAUGAUUCCUCAUGAGGGAGGAGAUACUCCAUUGGAUUUGCAAGCACCAAAAGCAGAGAACACUCGUGUGGAAACAAAAAUGCAAAGGGGUGAUUCGGUUCACCAGAAAUUUGCUCGUAAUUCCAUUCAUGCAACACCGAUCUUCAAAAUCGAAGAAUCUGAAUCAAUGGACUCAACAAACUCUACCAUUAAGGAACCAACCCCCCCAACCACACAACUGCGUUCACAACCUCAACCGCAACGACCUGGCUCGUACCCGGUACUCUAUCCAGGCUACUUCUCACCAUAUUACCCAUUUCCAUUCCCAGUAUGGUCUGCGGGUUAUGUUCUUGAACCAGCCAAGAAAGAGGAAACUCACGAGAUUCUCAGACCAACUGCAGUGCACUCGAAAGCUCCCUUCAAUGUCAAUGGGCUUCUUGGUAUGACUACUAAGCUCAGCCUUGGAGAGCCAAAAGAGAAUGGUGAAUCCGAUCAGUCUCUUUCGCUGAAGCUAGGUGGAGGUUCAGAGACGAGACAAUCACCAUUGCACCCGAAUGCUUAGUCCUCCUGAUAGUUCAGACAUCGCCAACGUGAUACAUGCGGCUUAAGGAUUUGCGGGCAAGAUAUCUUGUCAUUGGUUGGGGGUUUAUUACAGGUUAAUUAUUUGGUCACAGUAACUUAAAAACAAGAUUUGCUUUGUUAGUUUUAGGGUCUUUUAGUUCAGCUUUGAUUAUUUGCGAGAGAGAAAAAAAAAAGAAACG